AUGACUGGCAGCGGACGGAUUAGCUCUUCUUCUUCAACAGAGCGUCUUCGGACCAUCUUGACAGGUGCAGAAGCAGCCAUCUUCGACCUCAUCUGUGCUGGGGCCUCCAUAGAGCCGUGGGCAGAGUGGCUUCGGACUCCGUUAGAGCAUGCUGUGGCUGCGGGCAAGACAGAUCUUGUUGUCCAGCUCGCCCAAGCAGGAGCAGGAGGCAUUGCUGUGCACUCAGCCGUGAGGCGAGGUCAGGAGGUGGUCGUUGCGGAGCUGCUGAGGCUGGGGGCAUCGCCAGGAGAGCCGGACGAGAGCGGCGAUACUCCUCUCCACGUCGCUGUGCGACACGGCCAUCACAGCAUCCUUGCGCUACUGCUACUCCAGAGGGCUGACCCCGAUGCGCUUGAUGGCAACGAUCAUACGCCUCUUCAUGUAGCAGCUGAACAAGGCUCUCGUGCUGCUGUCGAAGCUCUGGUUUCUACCCACGCGGAUCUCAUCCUCCGCUUCGGCGAUGAAGACAGAUCGGCAAUGGAUAAUACUGCGUACGUCGGCCAUGUGGACCUCAUGCGCAUGCUGAAGCAACACGGGGUUGACGUAUGUGAUGUUGGCGCUGCCUGUAUGACUCCGUUACACAUCGCUGCCGCUCAAGCCCAAGUUCCUGCGGCUCGGGUGCUUGUCGAGGCUGGGGCCGACGCCCGCGCGGAGGAUGGAGCGGGUGACACACCACUGCAUCUGGCGGCAAGGACUGCUUCAGUGAAUGCCGUGGCUACUUUGUUGAGUCACGGGGCAGACGCAAACAAGCUGCACGGUGAUCGACUCUCCGCUCUUCACCUGGCUGUCAAGGAUGGCGCAGCUGACAUGGUACAUGCGCUCCUGGCCGCGGGAGCCCAGCCAAACCUUCGGGCGGGGGAGGAUGAUCAGAUGGGCCUUUCCGCUCUUCAUUUGGCGAUCUCGAACAAGAACACGGUUGUAAUCGAUGCCCUUGUAGAAGCCGGUGCUGAGGUUGACGCUCAAAUGGUGCAACACGUGAAACACCCUGACGCGAACAAUGUGAACGGCGAUCAGUUCUCAGCUCUUCAGCUGGCUGCUGAGGGCGGCAGCGCCGCCAUCGUUCAUGUACUCCUGGCCGAGGGUGCACAGCCAAACCUUCGUGGUGGUGAGGAUGGAAAGACGGCGUUAGACCUCGCCACGGUUGGGGGCCAUGCUGAGGCCGUGACAGCGUUACUCCUGCACCGGCCUAGCUUGAAUGUGAUGGACAAGCUUGCCCGUACUGCAAUGCAUUCUGCUGCCUCCAACAACAACGUGGCGGUCAUCGAUGUUUUUGCCGCCGCCGGGGGGUUCGCGGAAGCUGUCACGGCGCUCAUGAGGCACGGGGGUGGUGGCCAUGGCGCUGCUGUGACCGCCCUCUUGGUCGGCGGUGCGAACCCCAACCUCCUCACCGAUGAUGGCUCCUCUCCCCUGGGCCGACCUCGAGGCGGAGGGUACAGACGGGGUACUCCUCUUCAUGAAGCUCUUCGUUCGGGGUGCUUUGAAACCACCGCCGCUCUGCUUGAGUGUGGCGCGGAUCCGACGAAAUGGACGGCCAGUAACCGGGGCCUCAUUCACGAGGCCGCCCAAGGAAGUAGCGCGUCCUGCGUAGAACUAAAUCUCGCCGGUAGUGCGGACAUCAAUCUUCGUGACGAUGAGGAAUCCACCGCACUGCACGCGGCUGCUGGUCAUUCUACGUCGAUCGUGGAGAAGCUACUCGAACACGGCGCGGACCCAGAUUCUCGAGAUUCGGAUGGUAACGGUAGAAACCCCCUUCUUGUCGCCGCUUACUCUCACAUGCGCGCAGAUAUGAAGACCCUUCUCAGGAGCGGUGCCGACAUUCGUGCUAGAGGCAAUGAUGGGCGCUCACCAUUACACCUUGGAGUUGAUGGCUGGAUUGAUCUGGCAGACGUUCGCGCCCUGGUGGAUCUGCUGUUGAGAUGGGGUGCAGAUGAAAUCGCCAAGGACGACGGAGAUGACUCGCAGGACAGCCGGAGCCCGGGAGAGCUUUGGGAGUAUCGCGUUGGGGUCACCGAUACUACUCAUGCAGAGGUGCCUCCCAUUGGAAAGCUUUUGAAGGAUACUCAGAAGGACAGGACAUGGCGUCGACGAGGCUGGCUGGUCUUGUGCCAUGCUUUCACGUACAAGGUGCGGCUGAAAGCUGAUAAUGGAGGAGCGAACGCUGGAACCGGGAGAAGUGUGCGAGUGGGCGGCGUUACAGCGGCAUCAUCGCAUGGCGUCUGCGGCGGUACGCCUCACGGGCGGGUCGGUCGAGGCUUGAACGGUGUGGUGGCAACUAUGGUGGGCUUGGAAGAAGGUUUUUUCCGGAACAUCGUCGAGUUCCUGUGA